AUGAGCCGGUGCGGAGACGACAAGAACACGGGGCUGGGUGUGUGUGGGGGGCACCAGGGGAGCGCCCGCCUGACAGCCCCGUCGGGGAGGGCUUCCAGCAGGAGAUGGAGCCACGAGGGUUUGCGGACGCUAGCCUUGCGCUCGCAGGAGCUGACACGCCGGGUCUUGACGCGCCGAGGCUGCGCCCCUCCCCCCCACCCCCGAGGGAGGCCGCUGAAGCGGAGAGAGCGAGGCACCCCGGAGUCCUCGACCCCGCUCAAGCCCCUAGUCACCCCACUUGAGCUCUGUACCUCUGUGGUCAGCCAGCGAUGA